AUGGCGCGCGACGGACACCGCGACAUAGCAGUUCCCCCGAAAGUGGUCCCGUCGGCUGCGACUACUUUGCCGACAACUGGCAAGAUCACCGGUUCUCAGGGUCAAGCUCAAAGAUGCAAGAGAUUCCAGCCGAGUUCCAUCAAGACCCAGACCGUACCGGCUGUAAAGGCAUCGAGGAUGACCAAGCGUUUGAAUGACACCGCAGAGAUACUCGAGCCGCUCUUCGCCGCUGCCCCCUGCCUUCUGCUGUGUACGGGGAGCCCAGAUAACGCGACCAUCACGGCGGUUCCCGUAGGAGACGACGCAGACCCGGUUGCGCACUGGAAGGCAUUGCAGGGGGCUGUCCAGAAAGGACGGUCAUUCUGGACAGGUCGGACCUGGCCAAGGCUCACGAUGGUUACUCUGCGCAUCGUAAGCCGACACUCUCUGGUCCAGGAUUCCUUCUGUGGACAAUUCCAACCGGUGGACGUGAGGGCCAGAAUUGAGCAGCUUCGGUCAAAAGCCUCGGAGCUCGGAUUCCACCAUAUGCGCGUGUACAACCCUGACCACAGCGACUUCUACUGCCGCUACAACGCAGUGACGGACACUGUCGAGCACGGUAUCGAGGUGUGCAGAAGAUACAAGGACGACGAUUCACCACGCGACGAGGGCGAGGAACUAGGGUACUGCGAGAUACCGGAACAUGUGGACAGAUUGAGAGAGAUUGAGAGGCUCGAGCUGGUCUCGAUUUGGCCAAAGCUGCUCGAGGAUCCGAGCCUGGCCGAGAUGUACGACGUGAUCCACGAAGGAUGGAUCUACUCCUCCAAGGACGUCAUGCCGCUCCUGGAGACCACCCAUCUUUACAGCGUCGCGCAGAUCGAGUUUGUGGGCUUCCACGUCGCACAGCGUCCCGGCGAGAGCUGGGCCGGAGGAUGUCGAGGGGCUCUGGUUGUCGGCAGCGCGAUGGGUUUCAUUGGUAUACUCGUCGCCCUUCGCGUGCUUCACGGAGACUGGGGCGUAGCAUAUACCGCGGGAGCCUUCUUCGUGGCGUUGGCGGGCGUAUUGUCGACCUGGAUCGCCUGGCGUGCGAGUAAACCAGCCCACUGA